CAUGAGGUCAAAGUGAACCAGGGUCCCGGUGCAGCCCCUGGUACUAUCCCUACUGACUUGGACCAGUCGACUGGUUUGGAGCGUGCUGAACUUCUUGGAAAGAUGCAGGGCAAGGAUAUUUUUGAUCUCGCACCCCUCGAGGUCACCGUCCGUGGCACGAAGGCCAGCCCUACGGUCAUUCGCUCUCGCGAUCCCGUCCGUUAUGUCGGAUGCGCCGGUGUUCCUGGCGAGACACACGAGGUCAACUGGCUUGUGAUUGACCAGACGCAUGAGUUUGACCGCUGCGACCAGUGCGGCAACGUGUAUAAAUGGUCUGCGUACGAGCCUGAUGAGAACUUUCCUGCCGGCGGAUCUCACCACCAUUAA